GCUUCCCCCUCCACCCUCCCGUGGCAGUGACGGGGCUCCGGCUUCUCUCCCGCAGGAUGCCCGCAGAGGCGCCCGGCAGCGGCGACGGCGCGGAGCCCGGCGCUCCGCGGGAGCGGCGGAGGCGGCGCGGCCGAGCGCGGGCGCGGACCGAGGCGCUGCUGCACACGCUGAAGCGCAGCCGGCGGGUCAAGGCCAACGACCGCGAGCGGAACCGCAUGCACCACCUCAACGCCGCCCUGGACGAGCUCCGCAGCGUCCUGCCCACCUUCCCCGACGACACCAAGCUCACCAAGAUCGAGACCCUGCGCUUCGCCUACAACUACAUCUGGGCCCUGUCCGAGACCCUCCGCCUGGCCGAGCAGUGCCUCCCGCCGCCCCCCGCCUUCCGCGGGGCCGCCGCGCCCCCCAGCCCCGGCAGCGACGCGGGGUCCUGGCUGUCCAGCGCCUCCCCGUCCGCCCCUUCGCUCUGCGCCUCCGCCUCCGGCCCCAGCAGCCCCGCCACCUCCGAGGACUGCGCUUAUGCGCCCGCCGAGAGCCUGAGGGGCUUCCGCGGGCUGCCCGCCGGCCCGGGCGCGCCCCUCCGCUAGCGCGCCCCGCCCGCGCCCCGCGCCCCGCCCGGCGCUCGGCCCAGGGCCGGCCGAGGGGUGGGGGGUGAGGGGGGCCU